AUGUUUGCACUUUGCGGUUCCCGAACACCAAGCUUUCCCUACAUUCACAGCGGGCUGCGAGAGAAACUCGGCAAAUUGAGCUUCACGAUUGUAGAGAUGAGCUGGCCUGCGGUGUUUGAUUCUUGCUUUAUCAAGAAUCGGACGUUGACUUACAAUGCUGACAUCGAGGGCCCUGGUGUUGUCUUCAGUUUCAUCGCGAGUGGCUGGCUGACAUUCGGCAUAGUCUUGUGCAAUUAUCUAUUUGUCUUCGACCCACAAACUAGCCCCUUCCGACCUCUGGAAAAUGAUUUACCCACAGCUCGGCCAUUAGACGAGAAUGCCGAUUCGAAAUGGACACCGAAUCCAUUAGAUAUGCUGAUCAGCAACAAAUGCGGCCAGUUGCUCGGUCCGGUGAAAGUUCUACUCGGGCGUAUGAUGCCGUCUUCCCUUGAAGCGUGGUUCGAGCAAAUAUCAACGAGAGAGAAGGCUGAAGACGCAUUUAGGCAGUGUGUUAUGAGUCUUUGUGAUGUGCAGCUCAUUACCGGCAUCUCAAUGCUGCUCAGCGGUUUUGUCUCACUGAAUGAUUUUGACUACAUGUCCCUUACGAGUUGGCUUAUGGUGGCUAAUCUCGCAUGGUUCUCGAACUUGACACAUCAAUGCGGGCUUGUAUUCCUACGCGGGUAUCUCUAUCAAAACCCGCGUGAGAGAAUGUGGAAGCUCAUGCUGAUGACUGGUCUCUUUCUUACGCUUGUCUGCGCUUGGACCCCAAUGAUUGGCGCCAUAGUGUUCGAUGGAUACUUUGGAGCACAGCCGACAACCCCAGCUGCAUGCUUUUAUAACCUUGAGGUUGUACAUGCUCUCUAUGCUGAUGGGGGCAUCAAUCAAGGCUCAAUCACUGGCGCACCUUCAUUCCAAAUCUCGGCAGUCGCCAUCGUAGUGCUCUUCCUGUCGUUCAUCGUGAGGCUCAUUAAGCUCUUCGAGACAUCCUCACGAUUUGUGAGAAACAGGAUAAGGACUCCAGUUAGCCUCAUAUCGAGGAAUCUUCUCUCACGCAUCGUAACAAGCAGCCUCACCCAAAGACAAUAUGGAGCAAAGUUUCAAUCUCGGGUAUUCUGGUUCGAGAACCCCUUCUUGGCAAGCUAUCUAUUCUUGCGCAUUGCUGCAGAUAUAUUCACGUCUGUGUUCGCAGAUGUCACCUGGUUGUUUCUUUCCGCCAUCUUUGGCACGAAGCAACUUGCUUUCCAACGACUGUCGCUUGCUCAGCUCGGAAACGAUCAAAUCAAAUUCGAGACUGGUCUCCUUGCACAGCUCAGCAACAAUAGGUUCGACUUCGGCCAGACCCUUCCCUUAAUGCUUCUGUCUAGCGUGAUGUUGACGACUAGGCAAGCCUUUCAAGCCGGAAGACGAGCAACUUCAUCCUCGCCCGACACGAAAAGGCCACCGUUCAAUACCACUGCAAGCUCUAGGCAAUCCUCCUUUGCUUCUACACUUGUCGCUGCUUCCGAAAAUGUGUCAACCAUUGACGCUAUCCUCUCUCGAGACAUAUACCUAGACUCUGCCUGGCUUGUGCCAACGGUGUUGAACAUUGGCGCUGCGAUAUUCCUCUUCUUCCAGCUUAUUGCCUCAAGCGGCGGUGGCACUGCGGGAAGCCUCCUCAUUUCCAUGGUAUACUCUUCCGCUAUCAUUUGUGUGGCCUGUGGGGCCAUUAUUCUCGUUGGGCUUGCAGUGAGCGAGCUCCGCUGGGGAGCCUGGUUCAUUUGGUGUAUUGCAGUCCAACCACUUGCUGCCAUACUAUGGCUCUCGGCGAUAGUCAUGACUCACGGGGUGUCAUUUGGCGACCGAGAGCAGCUACUAACCAUGGUCACUCGUCUUUUGGCCUUCUCGGGUAUCCUAGCUACGCAAUAUGGUGUGAUCUGCACAGUCAUUCGCUGCUGUCCAAACUGGCCUCAGAGGGUUUUCUUCGCAGCAACAUACAGCUUCGAAAACUCUAAUGACGGCGCGUCGACGGCCGACCGUGAACUGUGA